UUCAGUUCUUUGGUUAUGAUUGUUAUACAAUUGACAGUGAAAUAAUCAGCUUCAGGAAAAAUGUUGAAGUUAAUGAAAAGACCUCAUCUAAUAUUAAGUUGUAGGACGUUUUAUGUAACGCCUAAAAAUAAUUGUGAAGAUGAGCCAAUUGAGAGGCUCUCCUGUGUUGAAGAGAAGAUAGGUUUCAUAGGGGAUGGAAAUAUGGCUAAAGCUAUUUUCAAGGGAAUUGUGAAUAAAUGUCUGAUACAGCCUAAUCAAGUAAAUGUUUCAAGUCCCUACAUUAAAAAUUUGGAUGUAUGGAAAGAGAUGGGUGCUUGUGUGAGCACUGACAACGCAGAGAUUAUGGAAAUAUCAGAUGUUGUAUUUCUUGCUGUGAAACCUCACAUAUUACCAGAAGCUAUAAAGAAUAUAGAGAAGAGUCCACAUGCAGCUAAUAUCAAGAACAAACUGUUUUUAUCCAUAUUGGCUGGUUAUAAGAUAUCUAAAUUAGAGAAGAUGUUGUCCUGUUUCGAGGGGGCGCGCGUCGUGCGCUUAAUGCCUAACACCCCGAUGAUGGUUGGUGCUGGUUGCACGGCAUUCUGUCCAGGUCACGGAGUCACUGAGCACGAUUUGAUGAUAGUCAGAGCUAUACUGGAAGCAACGGGAAUCUGUCACAGGGUUCCCGAGAAUAUCAUAAACGCUGUUGGAGCGUUAUCCGGUGGCGGACCGGCUUUCGUCUAUUUAAUGAUCGAAGCCCUAUCAGAUGGCGGAGUGCGUAUGGGAAUGCACAGGGCGAUGGCCUCGAAAUUCGCAGCUCAGACUGUAAUGGGUGCAGCCAAAAUGGUAUUGGAGACUAACAAACAUACGGGUCAAUUGAAGGAUGAAGUUUGCUCGGCCGGUGGAACGACCAUCGCGGGAAUGCAUGAACUUGAGAGGGGUCGCGUCAGGGGAUCAAUUAUGAAUGCCGUGGAGGCCUCCGCCAAGAGGGCCGAUCAACUUGGAGGGCAGUAAUCAGUUGCUAGUGGAUGGUGCCGCGU